AUGGCGCGGCCCGCGCGGGAACCCCGCAUCAACUGCUGCACCUGCUGCACAAGCUUCAUCACCAGCACAGGCCUCACCAUCCUCUUCCUCUGGCUCACACUAAGAACUCAACAACCAAAAUGCUUCAUUCAAUCACUCUACCUUCCUUCUCUCAACAAAACUAUCACUUCCAAUCACAAACACUCCAUCAACAACACUAUCAUCUUCAACCUCAAACUCGCAAACCAAAACGAAGACAAAGGUGUAUACUACGACGCCAUUUGUCUUACAUUCGCUCUCUUCCUCGACGUCAACACCACGCGUCCACUAGCCAACUCCACUCUCGACGGUUUCUACCAAGGACAUGGUAAAACCGCUGAGAAAUGGAGUUCUGCCGAGGCGCGUGGUGGUGGUGGUGGAGUGAACCGUACAGUGCAAGGAAGUGUUUUCUUAAGGGUGGAGUUUGUCACACGCGUUAAGUAUAAGAUUCUGUUUGUAUAUACUAAACGACACCGUUUGUCUGGAGGGGCAAAUGUGGAAGUUAAUGUUAGUUCAGGGCAGAAGGUGAAUCCUAAAGGGAUCAGGCUUGGUAAUGAUCCAGUUCGGGUCGGGUCUGAAGCUGCACCGGUUCGUGGAUUAUGGGUUGCUCUUUCUGGAACUUUUGUUUCUCUCUUAGUUCUUAGUGCUUUUACUUGA